UAAAAAUAAAUCGAUCAAUUAAUCCAAAAAAUGCAAAAACUAGUUUCAAAAGCGGAAGCAACCGACCCACGAGUCCACGACUGAAUCAAACAAUCAAGUUGUUGUUAUAGGUUGAACAAAAAGGUUUCAGCUGUUUUCUGAGACUGAGACAAGUACAAGGUUGUUUGAAACGAGUACGAGGUGGUUUGAUUUUGAUGGAGACAAGCAUAUUGGGGUUAGCUUCAUUCCCUUGCUACACAACACCAAACAGUUCUCGUCUAAACCUCAGAAUAUCAUUGUCUAUGCGACAUGAAUAUCCACUUGCAAGCAAAAUCGUUGUUAGAACGUCAGAUACUUUCUUGUUAUCAAGGUGUGCACACGGUGCUCUCGCUACGGAUUUACCUUAUUUUACCCGCGAGACCGCUCUGCAAAAGGAAUUUUCAAAUUUUGGCAAAAUAGCUGAAGUUCAAAUGGUUAAAGAUGCGAUCACGAAAAGAUCAAAGGGACUUGCUUUUAUUCAAUACACAUGUCAAGACGAUGCCAUGCUUGCACUAGAAAACAUGGAUCAAAAGAAUUUUUACGGCCGGAUGAUUUUUGUAGAACUCGCAAAACCUGGUUGGGAUAAUAUUGGUAUACCUCCAAGACCUCCAAGGGCCUCUGGGCCGCCAAAGAAGUGGAAUUUACCCGAAGAACAAGGAGAAGAGGUAGAUUGUUGGUACUGAUCAAAUUUCAAAUUAAAUAAGCUAUAAAAGAGACGGUGAUGGAACAAAAGGUAUCUAGUUAUUUUAGUGUGUUUGAGUCCACCUUAAGAGUUUCAUUAGCGCACAGUGUGUUUGAAGCUAUAACUAAGAGGUUAAGUUUGGAUUUCGCCGUGCAAAUACAAAUCACAUUCUUGGUAAUAUUGAUGCAAUACUGAACUUCAUACUGAUCUUUCAUGUUCCGUAUCAUUUUGACACAUUAAACGGCAUCUUUUGAAGCUGUAUAGGUUCUGAAACAGCGAAUUUCACUGUACAUAUAAGAUAUUGCUGUUAAGAUUUAGUAGUUUUUUAGUGCUACUACACAUUUGAAAGAAAUUUUCUGUUUUAACAAAUU